CCUGCACAAUUUGACUCAAUAAACUUUGGUUAAUUGUCAGGCAAAAACAUAAAUACUAGUAGUAAUUUAGUUAAUUAAUAAGCCCUCAUUGGAAAUAUAUAGCUUUAAGAACAAUGACCGAACUAGUGGAAAAAUGCCGAAAGCUGGUGCAAAAGUAUAUAGACCUGCAUAUGUACACAGCAGCUCUAUUCUGGGCUGAUAAGAUAGUAGUGCAGACCGACAGCCCCAGAGACGUGUUCUGGCUAGCGCAGUGCAUGUACCUACAGAAACAAUACCAUAGGGCUGCUUUUUUGAUGCAAUCUAGAAACCUAGAUAAGACUCACUUUCUUUGCACCUAUUUAACAGCCAAGUGCUUCUAUGAAGCAAACGAUUUGAACGAAUCCCUCAAGAUUAUAAAUUCUAGUCAGUUGAAUACGAUUUUGUCUAGUGGGACAUUUACUCCGAAUAUUUCUGAAGUGGAGUUGGUUCUGUUUGAUGAUACCCCCAAAUCGCAAGCGAUAUCAUCAUUUCUGUUGCUAAAAGGGCGAAUUCUGGAAGCGAUGGACAAUAGGGGCUUAGCCUCUGAUUGCUAUAAGCAAGCCCUUCAUUGCGAUGUGUUCUGCUACGAAGCUUUCGACUUACUGAUUAAAUAUCAAAUGCUGAACGCUUCAGAAGAAAGGGCGCUGCUGCUUUCCAUCCCCAUAGCAGAUCAGUGCUCGCCAGACGAAGUCGAUAUCUUAAGAAACCUCUACGCAAUGAAGAUGAAAAAGUACCACACACCCACAGCCCCACUAAACCGCGAGGGCCUCAUUUUGCUGACCGACAACAAGCUUGCUUCCAGCACGCCUGGGUGUAUCAAGUCGCUGCCGCCCUCGCCCAGCUUGCAUGUGUCCCCUUGCUCGAUAAGCACCCCGAUGGUGGCGAAUAAUAAGGUCAAAAAGGCCAGCGAUAAAAUGCAAGUGGAUGCCACAGACUAUUGGGAUCUGGGCAAGUUUCAGGAUAGUUUGGACUUGAAGGUUUCACAAGCGGAGAUUUUGUACUACAACUGCGACUAUCAGAAUUGUGUCGCAUUGACCGAGAGCAUCCUGAAAAAGGAUCCUUAUCAUGAUGGGUGUUUGCCUAUACACAUUUCCUGUCUGGUGGAGUUGAAACAGACUACUAAUCUGUUUUCUCUGGCCCAUUCCUUGGUCGACUUGUACCCCAACAUGGCCAUAUCCUGGUUUGCGGUUGGCUGUUAUUACUACGUGAUUGGUAAGAGCGAUCCUGCCCGCGGGUAUCUGGCUAAAGCCACCUGUCUGGACAAGUUGUUCGGGCCAGCCUGGCUGGUGUAUGGCCACUCAUUUGCCAGCGAAAACGAGCACGAUCAAGCGAUGGCUGCUUACUUUAAAGCCUCCCAACUGAUGAAAGGCUGCCACUUACCACAUUUGUAUAUCGGCCUGGAAUGCGGCCUUACCAACAACGUGUGGUUGGCCGAAAAGUUCUUCCAGCAGGCGCAAGCAAUCGCUCCAGAGGACCCGUUUAUUCUGCACGAAAGAGGCGUGAUCUGUUUCCAGAAUGAGGAGCACCAAAAGGCCGAGCAAUUCUUCGUUGAGGCUCUGGACAAGAUCAAGAGGGUGAGACGCGGGCCCAUACCGUCCAGAUGGGCGACGCUUUGGAACAAUUUGGGACACGCGCGACGGAAACUGAAGAAAUUGGACGAGGCGCUGGAGUGUCAUAAUGAGGCUCUUGUCCUGGAGCCACGAAAAUCGUCCACAAUCUCAGCAAUAGCCUACGUGCACGUCCUGAAAGGAAACUACAGCAAUGCGAUACAUUGGUUCCAUAAAGCGCUGAGUUUAAAGCGCGACGACAGUUUCAGUACCACCAUGCUGAACUACAUCAUCGAAUUGUGGGCUGAAGAAAUGCCCGCUUAUGAAGGUUGUCCGGAUGGGAUUCCGAAGUUUGAGCCGCCUCCGCAUAACAGCUCGACGGAUCAGAGUGUGCCCUCCACAAACUCCAUUCAGGACAUGUCCCAAGAGAUCAAUGAAACACAACACGAUACCUUCGAAAUGAACAUUGAAAUGUAGAAUCUUAAAUAAAGUAUUUUUUAAUUAG